CAAUUGAGGGUUAUAAAAGCCCGGCCCCUGACUGCUGGGGUCUGAGACAAGACUACAUCUGCCGCAUCCUAGGAAAAAUGUUUUCCAAAGUCCUUGUAUUCAGCCUUUUGGGCUUGGCUAUCGCUCAGCAAAUCUACUCCCCGGGGAAUGAAGCGAACCCCAAUAAUGUAAUCACAGAGUCUUGCAGUCGCAAGGUUGACGUGGCCAUCAUCGGUGCCGGUGCCACCGGAGCCUACGCCGCCUACAGACUCAGGAAUGAGAGCCUGACCAUCGAGGUCAUCGAGAUGUCCGAGGUGGUGGGUGGGCGUCACCUGACCGCCCGCAUGCCAGGCGUGCAGGACAUUCCAGUCGAACUCGGCGAGUCCAUGUUCGCUGACAUCCACGACACAGUCCAGCAGCUGGUAGAGGAACUUGACCUAACCUCCGAGGAAUGCCCAAUGGCCUACGGUAUGAAGAACAAGGCCCGUUACCAUCUGAGAGGUCAGAGCAUCAGCGAGGAGGAGAUAAUCAGCGGCAAGCAACUCCCCUACACCCUGACCCCAGAGGAGAAGCAGAACCAAGGCCGUAUCAUUGAGUACGCCUUUGAGAAACUGACCGGCGAGAACUACGACCCUGACAUGUCUAGAGAAGAUCGCAUCAAGCUGGAGACCAAAGAAGGCAAACGGCUCUCGGAGCUGACCUUUGACGAGGCCAUGGAGAAAGUCCUAAGCCCCGAGGGCAAGAAGUUUCUCGAGGACAUCGUCAAGUCCAAGGUCUCCCUGUACAAGGACGCCAGCGCUCUGGAGAUCUUCCACAACGAGAUGGACUACCACAGCAAGAACGCCACUCUGUACAAAAUCAAAGAAGGCAUGGAUGCUCUCCCCAUGACUUUGUUGGACAAGUUCCUUAAGGCCAGCGACAGCCACAAUGUGACCUUGAACCGUAAAUUGGAAGCCAUCCAACGCUUCAGAAACAUGACCUACAUCCUGAAACUCAAACAAACCAGGACCAAGGACGGUCUUGUUGAACUUUUGGGACCCGAGGAACACAUCUGCGCAGAAAAAAUUAUUCUGGCUCUGCCAAGACACUCUCUGGAUCAUCUUCAGUGGGCAAACAUGAAGAAAUGGAAGGUUGUCGAAGCUUUGAACGCGGUCAAGCCUGUCCCUCUCUCCAAGGUCGUCUUGACCUUCAACUCCCCCUUCUGGCUAGUUGACCCCCAAAAUGAGGAGAACAAGGUCAAGCUGACCGACACCAUCCUGGGCCAAACCUACGACCUGGGCAAAUCCAACUCCUCCGACAAGUACCUGCUGAUGGCCAGCCAGGCUGAGGGUGAGGACGUGCAAGAACUCCUGAGGCUCAACCUGCAGGGACCUGCCAUUCCAGGCUCCGCUCUGGGAGAGUACCGUGUCAGCCAACCGCUCUGGGAGCGCAUCAAGAAGGAGCUGAUGGCCGUCCACAAGAUCAGCAGUAUACCCGAACCUCUGUCCGGAGUGGCCAAGUUCUGGAUCAGCCCACCCCACAUCGGGAAAAAUACCGUGUGGAGAGCUGGAUACGACGUGGAUGACGUACUGUCCAUCACACGUCAUCCGUCGCUGACAGACAAGGUGUACGUGGCCAACCCCGACCUGUCUAAGUACAACGGCUGGACCGAGGGCGGCAUGGAGGAGGUGGACAAAAUCCUGGAGAAAUAUUUUUAGAUGGGGAUCUGCUGGGGAUCUGCUGGGGAUCUGCAGGGGAUCUGCAGGGGGUCUGCUGAAGACUUAUGGCAGGAAGGCAAAGCUAAUAAACAAAGAUAGAAUAUCUUAUCGGAAAAAAUAAAAUUCGUUUGUUAGUCAAGUUUUAUUUUUAAAAAAAACUUGUCUCUGUCUGCCAUUGGAUGUAUGGAAGUAAAGAUUUUGUUUAAAUUUA